UAUUUUAUUAGGUUUACUUUCGUUUUUAAUUUGUACGUUAUGGCUACAUGUUCAGAUAUCAGAAAACAGACCAACAUUUCAACACCCCUAAGAUUGUUAAGAGUUGGGAAACGGUAUCAUGCUUUCUUUAUCUAUCAUCAACAACAACUGACUUGGGUGAAGAACAUAGUUAACCGACUUGAAGAAAUGCAUUAUAUCUGUUGCUAUGAAGACAGAGACUCCGUCCCGGGAACUCCCAAGGCUGAAAUGCUUAUUACGUUCAUAAAACAGUCCACGAGAGUGGUCGUUGUAUUAAGUGAAGCUUUCGUUAAUGAUCGUCGAUGUAUGUAUAAAGUCGAUCAAGCACUGGACGAAUUCUUGGAUAAGGAAUCCGAAUAUUCUGCCCUUACUUUGGUACCUAUUACCAUCGACAAUUGUACUAUUCCGCGAUCGCUCCGCGUGCUCUCUGUCUGUGACGUGACGAGAUGUAACUGGUGGAAUAACUUUGUAAAGUCAUUGGAAGAUGAUAAUCUAAGUAUACAAUGUGACGCAAGUACCACUGCUUCUAAAUUGGAAAGUGCAGCGGUUGAAUUAAAAGAGAAAUUGAAAGAUGCCUCUGAGAAGGAAAUGGAGUUGUUCUUAUCGAAGCCAAUUGCUUUCGAACUCUCUCAUUUUCUAUCACAACAUUCAAAGCUGACGCUGUUUCUUUCUGCGAUGAGAACCUGUGGUAUUGAGUUCAAUGGGGAUUGCAUGAUCAUUCAACUGGGAACGUUUAAAGAAUUUUGGAAUCGAAAUUACAACUUGUCGACCUGUGUGAAGGAACAUUUGAGUAUAUUUCAAAGACAAAUAGACAAAAUCACCCUCACAUUUAGCUCUAGUACUGAUAUGCUUGACAGAGAGGACUUUCAAAGUAUGAGAGAUUUCAAUCAACUUGUGCAGUCUAUUCUUAAAACACCUUCGAGUUCCACAUGGGGAUUGAUGUGGAAUAUGAUGGGUGUCUCAAAGGACCGCAGUCUCAGAGAUGUAUGUAGAAGCUUGGUGCAUGAUGCUGUCACAGAAAAAGAAAUACUGCACAUCGCUCAUCCGGAAUUCGCAUGUUAUGAACGUCGUCUUCAAACUUUGUCAGAAUGGCCGAAAUCGAAACUUCCUCCUAAAGAGGCAAUUGCUCGUGCAGGAUAUUAUCGCGAAAAUCCAAUUGUAUUCAGGUGUUUUUAUUGCAAUGGUGUCAGCUGGGAUUUCAAACCCGAUGAGGAUCCAUGUGCAAGACACGCCAAAUGGCUUUUUAACUGUCCGUAUAUCAAGGAAUUAAAAGGGGCGGAAUUCGUAAAUAAAUGUCGAUUUCAGCUCACUAGAAAGACCGCAAUGUAUAAUUCUUCGUUCAAAAAUUCAGUUGAUAGACUUGGAACGUAUGGAAGAUGGCCUAUGAUAAGUUUUCCAAAACCCUGUGAUUUGUCAGACGCAGGAUUUUAUUUUACGGGUACUGAAGAUAAAGUAGUUUGCUUUGCUUGUGGUUAUGGACUUAGAAACUGGACUUCACGUGAUGACCCCUGGAAGCGUCACGCGCAGUGGUCACCCGCGUGUGAUUUCUUAAUUCAAACUCUGGGGAAAUCCUUUAUCCAACGGGCCCAAUCUGAAAGAGACAGGACGGAUACAAAUAACGACUGUUCAAUAACUUAUGUGAUUCAGACAAGACAACUGGAAUCGUUUUGAUGAACCAGAAGUUAUAAAUUUUUCAAAUUGCUGCAUUUACACAUGUCUAUCUACAUCAACUGUUCUGCACAUGCAGGAAGCUAGAUAAAUUUUACGGGAUUCAUUGUA